GGGGGUCACCGGGGCCGGGCGCGGCUGGAGCGGCCGUAGGGGCGGGCGAGGAGCGGCAGCGGCGCCGGCGCCGGGGUCGGGGCCGGCGCGGAGCCGCCCCCGCGGCGGGACAGGAAGGUCCGGCUCGGGGGCGGCGGAGCCCCCAAGAGGAGCAGUGCCUGCGCGGACACCCCCGGCCGCGCCGGUCCCGCUCGCUCCAAGGCGAGGGCUCCGAGAGAGCUGCUAGAAAUGCUGGGAUGACUGGAAUUUAAGAUACUUGAUUCCUGCUCUUACCUGGAAGUAGAGGAAAUAAGCACGAGAAAUUUCUCCAGCUCAGGCAGUUAAAGGACCUUUCAUACGGAGCUCUGUUCUGAAAAAAGGGGAAGUCUCUCCUGUGUGGAAUUGAAAUACAUACUUGGCACUUGCCUUGAAUAAACUAAGGGAAAAAUGUCUAUCAUAGAUCCUUAUCAACACAUUGUGGUGGAACACCAAUACUCACACAUAUUCACUGUGACAGUAAGGAAAGCCACAAAUGUCACCAAAGGAGCCAUUGGUGACAUGCUUGACACUCCAGAUCCCUACGUGGAGCUGUUCAUCCCCACUGCCCCCGACUGCAGGAAGAGAACCAAGCACUUCAACAACGACAUCAACCCCGUGUGGAACGAGACCUUCGAGUUCAUUCUGGACCCCAAUCUGGAGAAUAUUCUGGAGGUUACUCUCAUGGAUGCCAACUAUGUUAUGGAUGAGACUCUUGGCACAUCCACAUUUCCCAUCUCUUCUCUGAAGCUGGGGGAGAAGAAGGAGGUCCAGUUAACUUUCAAUGAUGUCACAGAAAUGACUUUGGAAUUGUCUCUGGAAGUAUGCUCCUCGACGGACCUGCGGUUCAGUAUGGCCCUGUGCGAUGAGGAGAAGAGGUUCCGGCAGCAGCGCAGAGACAACAUCAUGCACAGCAUCAAAUCAUUUCUAGGGGAGAACAGCCAGAACCUGACCACUUCCCGUGAUGUGCCGGUGAUCGCUGUGCUGGGCUCGGGAGGGGGUUUCCGGGCCAUGGUGGGCUUUGCUGGAGUCAUGAAAGCACUUUAUGAGUCAGGAGUCCUGGACUGUGCCACGUACAUUGCUGGGCUCUCUGGAUCCACCUGGUAUAUGUCAACUCUGUAUUCCCACCCGGAUUUCCCAGCCAAGGGCCCAAAGGAGAUCAAUGAGGAGCUGAUGAACUCUGUGAGCCACAACCCCCUGCUGCUGCUCACCCCUCAAAAGGUCAAGCGCUACAUCGAGGCUCUGUGGAACAAGAAGAGCUCAGGGCAGCCUGUCACCUUCACAGACAUCUUUGGGAUGCUCAUAGGGGAAACGCUGAUCCAUGAUAGGAUGGACACCACUCUGAGCAAUAUGAAAGAGAAGGUCAGUAAUGCCCAGUGUGCUCUGCCACUCUUCACCUGUCUACACGUCAAACCAGAUGUCUCAGAGCUGAUGUUUGCAGACUGGGUGGAAUUCAGUCCAUAUGAAAUUGGAAUGGCCAAGUAUGGCACUUUCAUGUCUCCUGAUUUGUUUGGAAGCAAGUUUUUUAUGGGGACAGUGGUGAAGAAAUAUGCCGAAAAUCCCUUGCAUUUCCUGAUGGGUGUCUGGGGCAGUGCAUUUUCAAUCUUAUUUAACAGAGUCCUUGGUGUGUCCAAUUCUCAGAACAAAGGGCCCACCAUGGAAGAAGAACUAGAAAAUAUUAGGCUAAAGCACCUUGUGAGCAACGACAGCUCAGACAGUGAAGAUGAAUCACAGCAUCCAAAAGGCACUGAGGGCGCUGAGGCAAAGCAGGAGUGCCGGGAGAGGCUGCAGGAGAGCAGCCAGGAGAGCUGGGUGCAGCGCAUGCUGAUGGCCCUGGUGGGGGACAGCGCCCUGUUCAACACGCGCGAGGGCCGUGCUGGCAAGGUGCACAACUUCAUGCUGGGGCUCAACCUCAACAGCUGCUACCCCCUUUCCCCUCUGGCAGAGCUGCUCACCCAGGAGUCUCUGGAAGAGGAGGAGCCAGCAGCAGUCGCAGAUCCCGAUGAGUUUGAGAGGAUCUAUGAGCCCCUGGAUGUGAAGAGCAAGAAGAUCCACAUCGUGGACAGUGGGCUGACCUUUAACCUGCCCUACCCACUCAUCCUAAGGCCCCAAAGAGGAGUGGAUCUCAUCAUCUCCUUUGAUUUCUCAGCCAGGCCAAGUGACUCCAGCCCUCCUUUCAAAGAAAUCCUGCUGGCUGAAAAAUGGGCCAAAAUGAACAAGCUUCCUUUCCCCAAGAUAGACCCCAACGUGUUUGACCGGGAGGGCAUGAAAGAGUGCUAUGUUUUCAAACCAAAGGACACCUCCUCAGAGAAGGACUGUCCAACCAUCAUCCACUUUGUGCUGGCCAACAUCAACUUCAGGAAUUACAAAGCUCCAGGCGUUCCCAGAGAAACACAAGAAGAGAAGGAUUUUGCAGACUUUGAUAUUUUUGAUGAUCCAGAUACACCUUUCUCUACCUUCAACUUCCAGUAUCCUAAUGAGGCUUUCAAGAGGCUCCAUGACCUCAUGGAGUUUAACACCCUAAAUAACAUGGAUGUGAUCAAGGAGGCGAUGAUGGAAAGCAUCGAGUACAGGAAGCAGAACCCCUCACGCUGCUCUGUGUCCCUCAGCAGUGUGGAGGCCAGGAGGUUCUUCAACAAGAGCAACCUCAACAACAACCACACGUAGAGGCUGUGCCUGGCCCUGCCCCACCCAGAAACUGCUCCUGCCUUUGGAACUGGAGUCAAAAGGACUUGAGUGGAGCAUCCCUGCUCCUCACAGGGCUGUGCAACACUCCUGAACAUGUCUUCUUGUGAAUGUUCACGUUCCAAUAGCAGUUUGUAAUGCUUUUUUUAAGAACUAAAAACAUUUCAGUAGGCUGAGAUCCUAAUUUUUAAAACUGUGGACUUACUUGGAGAUCACUGGGUUCAGUGUCUUUUUGUUUUCUUAUAAAAUUGUAAACACUGAUUUCUUUUUGGGGGGGUAAUUGAUUUUUAAUUGAUGUAAACUGGGCAUAGCUUUAAGGGUAAGAUGGAAUUAGAAAAAAAAAAAUUGGAAUCUACUUUACUGCUAUAUGAGAAUGUCUGUACUGCUCAGCAAAAACUAAACCUCUGAUAUUUUCUUUUUCUUAUUUAAUUCUCAAAAUUACAUUGCUUGAACUCUUGAGCUGCUGGCAACCAUGUGUUAAAUUAUUGUCAGUUUGUGUAUUUCUGACCUGAAUGUUUCUUCAUAAAUUGACAGUGAUUUUGCAUUUGAACAUGAUUAAAACAACACAUUUCUGCAAAGGGACAGUGGCAAUGUGUACUGGGGAUUGCUAAAAUGUGCCCAGGUAAGAAUGUGAAGCCUUAAGGGCUAUUUAAAAAAUAUAUUCUUAGUGCUUUGAAUAAUGAAAGACUGUGCAUAGAUAGAGAUUAUUUUAGUACCAUCUCAACCAGUAUUGCUGUAACUCUACAAAUGCACAGAGAAUGUAGCUGCACCUCUGAAAACAUUAAUUGCUAAAAUCAGUAAAUCUCUGGAAAGGGAAAUAAUUACAAUGCAUUUCUUUUAACAGCCACUGCACCUAAGAAUUGUGGAAUGGUUGGGGUGGAAGGGACCUUAAAGUUGAUUUUGUUCUACCCACUGCCAUAGGCAGGGACACCUCCCACCAGCCUAGGUUGGUCCAAGUCUACAUGCAAAGUUCUGUGGUUAAAUAACAUUUCCUGUAUUAUCAGUAAGUUUUAUUUCUGUUUUAGUUAGUACAUGUUUAAAGUCAUCAAGAGAGAAAAUAAAAGUAACUUAUCUUAGUGCUGCAUAAUUUAAACAUUUUUCAUAAAUUCUGGAAUACAGAAAGGAAAUGGUACCAUUAUAUUAUUGUAAUAUUUUCUUUUAAAUGUCAUCUUUCCUUUUGGUAAUGUAAUAUUUGUAUUUUUUAUUUUAUAAUAUGUACCUACUCUGUUUUAUGGAAGAGUUUUAUCAUGCUUUAUACAGUUUAUAUUAUCACAGUAUUACCAGAUGAUACAAAAUAAAACUAUAUUUGU